AUGUCAGACCCAGCGGACAAUCCUCCACUUUAUCUUACUCCGCAGUUCUUCAGGCGCACUCUGGAGCAUGGUUUGCAGCAGAUCAAUCUGCAGGUCCUCGGGGUGCAGCUGAUUAAUCUGACGCGUGGCGGAGAGAACUACUGCAGCAACAUAUACCGAGCCAUCAUUAGGUAUCGCAAUGCCAAUAACUGCGUCCUGGAAACGUCGUUAAUUGUUAAGUCAUUGCCGGACGAGAAGCAGGCCAUUCUGGCCCGCCUAAAUAUAUACAACAAAGAGACCAUUUUCUAUACAAAUAUCAAGCCGAAGUUGGAGGCGCUUAUGUGGGGAGCGCAAGAUGCUUCCAGUCCUUGGACGUUAGCUGCCAAGCACUACUAUUCUACCACUCAACCGGAGCAGACCAUCGUCUUUGAGGACCUUUGCUCCGAGGGAUACCAGUUGAAAUGCCGUCAAUUGGGACUGGACUUCGAACACGCGUCUAUGGUCAUGCGGAAGUUGGCCGAGUAUCAUGCCCUUACUAUGGUGAUGGCCGACCGGGAACCAAAGACAAUAGUGGAUCGAUAUCCCUUCGGCCUUCUGCACAUGGAUGCCAUUAAGUCGGAGCCUUUCAAACUUCUUUUUGGGACCCAACUCCUAAAGCUAGCCGCCCUAUUGGGUGAUUGUGAGGGGUUUGGUUCGAUUACCACGAAGCUGUACCGUUACCAUGAACACUUUACAGAGCGCGUCCUGAAGGCAGUGUACCCGCUUUGCGGACAGCAUAAUGUCCUUAAUCAUGGCGACCUUUGGGUGAACAACAUAUUUUUCAAGUACGAUGUUCACUACAACGUGCAGGAGGUAAAAAUUAUUGAUUUUCAGCUGUGUUUCCACGGCAGUUUGGGCUUUGACAUAAACUACUUUUUGAACACUAGCUUGGAGCUGGACGUUCUACGUGACAGGCGGCAAGAGCUUAUCGACAUAUACUACAAGAUUCUAGUGGACAAGCUAGAGCACCUGCCAUGGGUCAAGCCGCUGCCCAAAUAUGAGGGCGUCAUGGAUGAAAUCCGGGAACGCGAGGCCUACGGUUUUUUUGUAGCCUUUGGCUUUUUCCCGCUGAUGAGCAUGAUCGGAGUAGAUUCGGAGGACAACUCGUUGAAAAACUUCCACAAUGAGGCAUUCGCCAGGCAUAAGGUCCAGCUCAUGUUUGAAGGAAACACUAAAACCCUAGAGAGCUUGAAAUGUACACUAAAGCGUCUGGAUGAGUUAAAAAUGUUUGACUAACCGUUUCAAAAAUCGAAAUAUAUAUUUUUUUCUCAAA